AUGGGGUGCAACCAAAGCAAGGGUGUGCACGAGUUGCGGGUGAGGAGCAGGACCUGCGUGAACGGGCCGGGGCCGGGGCCAGCGCAGGGGCAGAGGCAAUCGGGAGAAGGAAAUGGAAACGCUUCAGACGAGUUGGCAAUCAACCCAGGAAUGUAUGUGCGAAAGAAGGAAGGAAAAAUAGGAGAGUCCUAUUUUAAAAUAAGAAAAUUGGGAAGUGGAGCGUACGGAGAGGUCCUCCUAUGUAGAGAAAAAAAUGGACACAAUGAGAAGGCAAUAAAAGUAAUAAAAAAGUCACAGUUUGAUAAAACACGCUAUUCAGAAUGUAGAAACAAAAGUUGUGAAAAUGAAGAAAGUUUAAAUGAAGACAUCUACAAUGAAAUAUCCCUAUUAAAAUCAUUGGACCAUCCGAACAUUAUAAAGCUGUUCGAUGUGUUCGAGGAUAAGAAGUACUUUUACCUGGUGACAGAAUUCUAUGAAGGAGGAGAAUUAUUUGAGCAAAUAAUAAAUAGACAUAAAUUCGAUGAAUGUGACGCCGCCAAUAUUAUGAAGCAAAUAUUAAGUGGCAUCUGCUACUUACAUAAACAUAAUAUUGUUCAUAGGGAUAUAAAGCCAGAGAAUAUUUUGUUAGAAAAUAAAAAUAGCUUACUAAACAUAAAAAUUGUCGACUUUGGAUUGUCCUCCUUUUUUUCGAAAGAUUACAAAUUGAGGGAUAGACUUGGCACGGCAUAUUAUAUCGCACCAGAGGUAUUAAAAAAAAAAUACAAUGAAAAGUGCGAUGUAUGGUCUUGUGGGGUCAUCAUGUAUAUUCUCCUCUGUGGGUACCCACCUUUUGGUGGACAGAACGAUCAGGACAUUAUUAAAAAGGUGGAAAAGGGAAAGUACUAUUUUGACUUCAACGAUUGGAAAAAUAUAAGUGAUGAAGCCAAGGAGCUCAUAAAACUUAUGUUAACCUACGAUUUUAACAAAAGGAUAACUGCCAAGGAGGCCCUAAACAGUAAGUGGAUUUUAAAGUACGCCGAUAAUAUAAAUAAGAAUGACCAGAAGACUUUAUACGGGGCGUUGUCCAACAUGAGAAAAUUCGAAGGGAGCCAGAAGCUCGCACAGGCUGCCAUCCUAUUCAUCGGAAGCAAACUCACCACUCUGGAGGAACGGAAGGAACUCACUGACAUAUUCAAAAAGCUGGACAAGAAUGGAGACGGUCAACUGGACAAGAAAGAGCUCAUCGAGGGGUACAACAUCCUGCGUAGUUUCAAGAACGAGCUGGGUGAACUGAAAAACGUCGAGGAAGAGGUCGACAACAUCCUCAAGGAGGUCGACUUUGACAAGAACGGCUACAUCGAAUACUCAGAGUUCAUUUCCGUCUGCAUGGACAAGCAAAUUCUCUUCAGCGAGGAGCGGCUGCGUGACGCCUUCAACCUGUUCGACACGGACAAGAGUGGGAAGAUAACCAAGGAGGAGCUGGCAAACCUCUUCGGCCUGACCUCCAUAAGCGAGAAAAUGUGGAACGACGUCCUCGAUGAGGCGGACAAAAAUAAAGACAGCAUGAUCGACUUUGAAGAAUUCGUGUCAAUGAUGCACAAAAUAUGUGACCACAAGACGCCCUGA